AAAGCAGUGAGUGAAUGCAGUACUGUAGGCCAACACUUCCAACUGAGUAUGAUGACCAUUGUAUCUUUUCUCUCCGCAGCUCUGCUGUUGCUGGUUCCUGGGAUCCUGACUGAAAAGGCUUAUGGACCAAACCUCAUCGAGUUGACGAUCGUCAACAGCAUCUCCAAUGCACCCAAUGAGACCUACAGUGCUGACAUCGUAUUCAGAGGGAUCCUACUCGGUGCCAUGAGGAGACUGCAGGAGACCAAUGCAGACUUCAAGUUCACCUACACAGAGGACCCCAACUAUGGUCCUUUCCUGGAGAGUGUGAAUGAUGUUGCCGGGGACAGUGCUGAGCACACUUACUGGGAGCUCCUUGUUCAGACUGGGGAGAAUGGACCCGUGAUCAGACCUGAUGUGGGUAUUGGCUGUUACAUCCCAGAACCAAAUGACCGCAUCAUCCUGAAUUUUACGAAAUGGUGAACAUUCAGAAGCGCCUGACUGAUACCGUUUCAUUUUUUAAAGUGCUGUAAAGCAAUUUACUAUAUAGAUAGAUCUCUCUCUUUCUCUCUUCCGUCUCCUUAAUUUUUGAAUAAAUUCAUUUGUGAAAAACUGUU